AUGUCAAACGUAUCCAAUACGAAUCUAGCCGAAACAUUAGAUCUUAUUUCUAUCCAAUUUAAUCGUUAUUUUUCCAUUUUUAUUUUUCUCUUUGGUACUAUUGGUAAUUUACUUAAUUGUCUCGUUUUAUCUCGACCAUCUCUUCGUUCAAAUCCAUGUACUUUCUAUUUUCUUAUUUCAUCAAUUGCAAAUAUUAUUUCGAUUAUCUUUGGUUUAACUUCAAGGAUACUAUCUGGAUGGCAUAUGGAUUUAACAAAUACAAAUGCAUUUCUUUGUAAAUUUCGUGCUUUUAUUAUGUUAGUUUCAAGAUCAAUUGCUUUCUGGUUGAUUGCAUUUGCUACGAUUGAUCGAUGGCUAUCAUCAUGUAUUGAAUAUCAACGACGACAAUAUAGUUCUUUAAAAAACGCUCAACAAGGAACAAUUUAUGUUGUGAUUUUAUCUUCUAUUUUUUAUUUUCAAGUACUCUAUUGUUAUGAUGCUAAUAUGAGUUUAGCACCACUUCGUUGCUAUGGUAAAACAAUCAUGUGUCGUUUAGUAACUGAUUUAACAUAUGCAGUAGUAACAAUCUUAUGUCCAUUAUUAAUUAUGUGUAUAUUUGGUUUAUUGACGAUAUCAAAUAUACGUCAAAUGCAUUCUAUGACAUCAUCACAAUCAAAAUUAAUUGAUGUAAAUGAAAAUAAUAAAAAAACAUUAAAAUCAACAAAUCCUCUAAGAGGAAGAAGAAAACGAAUUGAUCGAUAUUUACGUCAUGUACUUUUUGUUCAAAUUAUAUUUUUAACUAUUCUUACUAUUCCACAAGUUAUUGAAAAAUUAUACACAACAUUAACAAUGUAUCAAAGAAAAUCAUCAUUAAACCUAGCAAUAGAAGAAUUUAUCUAUAAUUUUGUUCUUCUGUUAACAUAUCUUGCAAGUGGAAUGCCAUUUUAUAUCUAUACAUUAAGUGGUGGAAAUACAUUUCGUAAUGCACUUAUGAAUCUGUUUAGAAUCGAUUAUAGACACACAUUGUUUAGAACAGAUUUAAAAUUAAAAGCCAUAGAAAAUACUUCUAAAUAG